GCGGCCCGGCCCGGCGCGGGGAAGGCAGCCGGCCGCGGGGCGCCGCGCCGGCCUUGGCUGGGGAAGAUGCUGCAGUCGCUGGCGGGCAGCUCCUGCGUGCGGCUGGUGGAGCAGCACCGCUCCGCCUGGUGCUUCGGGCUGCUGGUGCUCGGCUACCUGCUCUACCUGGUCUUCGGCGCCGUGGUGUUCUCCUCGGUGGAGCUGCCCUACGAGGACCUGCUGCGGCAGGAGCUGGGCAAGCUGAAGCAGCGCUUCCUGGAGGAGCACGCGUGCCUCUCGGAGCAGCAGCUCGAGCAGUUCCUGCUGCGGGUGCUGGAGGCCAGCAACUACGGCGUGUCGGUGCUCAGCAACGCCUCGGGCAACUGGAACUGGGACUUCACCUCCUCGCUCUUCUUCGCCAGCACCGUGCUCUCCACCACGGGCUAUGGCCACACAGUGCCUUUAUCUGACGGAGGGAAGGCCUUCUGCAUCAUCUACUCGGUCAUCGGGAUUCCCUUCACGCUGCUCUUCCUGACGGCGGUGGUGCAGCGCAUCAUCGUGUACGUGACCAGGCGGCCUGUGCUCUAUUUCCACGUGCGCUGGGGCUUCUCCAAGCAGGUUGUUGCCAUUAUCCACGCUGUGAUCCUUGGCUUCAUCACUGUCUCCUGCUUUUUCUUUAUCCCAGCAGCAAUAUUUUCUGUUCUAGAAGAUGACUGGAAUUUUUUGGAAUCUUUUUAUUUUUGUUUCAUUUCCCUGAGCACCAUUGGCCUUGGAGACUAUGUGCCAGGAGAGGGCUACAAUCAGAAGUUCCGGGAGCUGUAUAAAAUUGGAAUUACAUGUUACCUGUUGCUGGGGCUUAUCGCAAUGUUAGUGGUUCUCGAGACUUUCUGUGAACUCCACGAGCUCAAAAAGUUUAGGAAAUUGUUUUAUGUGAAGAAGGACAAGGAGGAGGACCAAGUGCACAUAAUGGAACACGACCAGCUCUCCUUCUCUUCCAUCUCAGACCAGGCAACCUCCAUGAAGGAGGAUCAGAAGGCGAACGAGCCUUUUGUGACUUCUCAGUCCCCAACCUCCAAUGACAGCUCAAUAAACAAUUAAUACAGGGGCAUCUAAUCUAUUGUUUUGGUGCAUUUAUGCUACUUACCAUAAGAAAUAGAACGCCUCUUCUUUUACACAAAUAUAAAAGCUGGAAGACUGUGCUGCUUUAACCAGGAUUCAUCACUUCCGACAUAGGAAAGACUUUUAGGAAAGCUGUGGGAGCCACCCUGGGAGAAUAGGGAGAAGCAGUAGGAUGUGGCUGGGAACUUAGGCCAUUUUGCUUGAGGAGUGAGGAGUUGGUUGUACUGCUUUCAAAGGUGCCACAGAGAAGGGCUUGCACAAGCAACCUCAUACAAUGUAUUUAGGAGAGCAGGAUUUCACUGAUAUUUAUUUGGUUGUAUGCCGUAUCUUGGAACUGGCUGAAAUUGAGAGAGAUGUUGCUUGUCUCYGAAGUAAUCGCACAUUUAAUCCAAAUACAACAGCUAUCCUCAUCUGGCAAACAUGUCCAGAGCAGUAUCUACCACUCUGCUGGAGGGAAGUAUCAUCUAGAUGAUCCCUCUGUUGCCCAGUGACAUCUAAGUGCAAACAGUGCAAAUUGAAAAGCAAGGCCCAGUUUCUUCCUCUGCUCAGGGCAUUUACAUUCCAAUAUUCUGCUUCCUUCCCCUGAUCACCAGAAUAAAGCUGACCUGAACAGAGUUUGCCCCARGUCUUCUUCCUGAUGCUCUUCUGCUUUGGGUGAAACGCUUCCAUAAACUCAGGUGUAGUAAGACUGGCUUGAGACAGGGUUUUAGGGAAGGGAGACGGCUGCAUUUCAGUCCUCUCCUCUGAAAAGAUAGGAAUAUUUUAUUUAAAUAAGUGGAGCAAUUUGAGCAAGAGAACUGAAAUUCAGUGCAUGCCGUAUUCAGCAUAGUCACCUGCUUAAGGCGUUCUACUGUGAGAGGGAUGAAAUCUGUUCAGCAGAGGAAGGACUCAGCCCAAUUUCUUCCACAAUCCAACCCACUGUGUGCUCUCUACUGAGCUCUUAGGUAAAUGGAGAAACAGAAAUCCUGUCAACUUCAUGAACGUAGGUAGCCCUUUGACUUCUUUUGCUUUUCGGACAAGUACUCAGUGCGCCUUGUUUGGAGGAGAAUAGAAUCUUUUGGGCAAAACAAACAAUUUUUCAAUUUUUCAUAUGGCAAGAAAAAAGGAAAAAUGUCACAUUUGGUUCAGAUGGAACCGAUUUUUUUUCCCCUUGGGAAAAGUCACUAAAAAGCCAAGACCCCACUCAACUUCUGGAGAUGGAUUCUCUUUGGCUGUAAUAGAGAGGCAUUUUAGUCCAGGUACCAGUCACUGUGCUGAACGCAGGGAUAUCAGACUGAAUUUCAGCGAGCAGGAGGUGAGACUAAGGAGUCAUAGUACUCGCUUCUGGCCUUAAGAAUUUACAAAAUGGGUAUUUUGCUAAUUGCUUUGUGAUGGGCGAAGGAUCUGGAGCACAAAUAGCCAUAUUAGGGCAGCCUCCCACAUAGGACUAGUGCAGAGGAGAGCCUUUUUCCUGCAGUGCGAGCAUGCCAGAUUGCCUGUAGUUUGGCUUUUAGUGUUUAGAGCUGAUCAUUGAUAUUCUAGAGUAAAAGCAAAGCAAAGAAUUGCAACGUAUCUAGAUUUAGCUCACAUGGAAAAAUACUUGAAAAUKAAUUACCCAAAAUACUGUAUUUGAGCUUAAUUAUAGCUAGCAUUGAACAGACUUUAUAUCUUUACACAAAAAAUACUUAAGGAUUAAAUCAGCUGAAAGUCUUCAAUUAAAAUUUAUAUUUGUAAGAACCAGAGCUAAAGGUUUUGGUUAUUUUGGAUGAUUUAGA